UGUAUACAUAUAUAUAUAAUACUUCAAUAGGUAUUAGGUAAUAAUAGUGGUAUAAUUUCUACGAGCUACAAGGCUACAAGCCUACUGUAGUACACUUGUUGUAUGAAACAGACAGAGACUUGAUAUAUAUAUUUUUAUUAUAUUCCUUUAAAUUUUGCACAAUUAUUAAGCAAUAUUCAAUUACAAAUUUAUCUCAAUUACCUGACAUUUUUUUACUGCCCAGUUACUUUGUUUUGUAUUUUGCUGUUACACAAAUAACAAUGUGUGUUCAUAUGAGGACAUAAUAUUUGUAUUUUGUAGGUCACGGUCAUUCUUCGCUGAUCACCUAGUUUCAGACAAAUUCAAAUAGUAUAUGUUGUUAAAUCAUUGUGUUUGCACUCAACGACACAAGUCUUGAGCUUUAAUACUAUAACUUAAAAUAUUUUAAAAACAUUACCAUCUUCUAAAUUAUAAUGCUGAACACAGGAAAAUUGUCUGGACUGACUUUGUUCAUUACUGGAGGGAGUCGGGGUAUUGGUAAAGCAAUAGCCUUAAAAGCAGCUAGGGAUGGUGCGAACAUUGUUAUUGCUGCCAAAACCGCUGAGCCUCAUCCCAAAUUACCAGGAACUAUAUACACAGCUGCCAAAGAAAUUGAAGAAGCCGGAGGAAAAUGUUUACCUUGUGUAGUAGAUGUAAGAGAUGAAAGUCAAAUAGCAGAUGCUGUUAAUAAAUCAAUUAGUAAAUUUGGAGGUAUCGAUAUAGUUGUUAACAAUGCAAGUGCAAUUUCAUUGACGCCUACAUUAGAUACAGAGAUGAAGAGAUACGACUUGAUGCAUAAUAUCAAUACUAGAGGAACAUUUUUAGUGUCAAAGAUGUGUAUACCUUAUCUAAAAAAAAGCAAACACGCACAUAUCCUAAACAUUAGUCCUCCAUUAAACAUGAAUCCUAAUUGGUUUAGAGACCAUGUUGCUUAUACAAUGGCUAAAUAUGGGAUGUCAAUGUGUGUAUUAGGAAUGGCUGCUGAGCUUAGAGCAGAUAACAUUGCUGUGAAUGCUUUAUGGCCAAGAACUGCAAUAUACACGGCGGCUGUUGAAAUGUUAUCUGGCUCUACUGAAGCAAAAAAGUUAUCUCGUAACCCAGAAAUUAUGGCAGAUGCCGCUUAUGCUGUACUUAGUAGGUCUGUUGAAAAUUGUACUGGGCAGUUUCUAGUCGAUGAUGAAGUACUACAACAAGAAGGAGUUACUGAUUUGAACCAAUAUGCCAGUGAUCCAACCUAUAAAGGAGAUUUAAUGAUGGACUUCUUCUUGGACGAAUCACCUCAUGAUGGUUUCAAUCAAGGAAAAGGAAAAUCUCAACAAGCUAAAAAUUCGGAUGGAAAAGAUAAUAUUGAGGGUAUAUUCACAAAAAUCAAUUCACAUUUGACUCCAGAAAUAGCUAAAGGAACAAAUGCUUGUUUCUUGUUUGUUGUAAAAGGAGAUGAGGAUAGAACUUACUAUGUAGAUCUAACUGGAAAUGGUGCAGCUGGAAAAGGUAAACCAACUACAAAACCAGAUGCCACUUUAACAAUGGAAGCUGAUAAAAUAGAAGAAUUAUUUGAUGGAAAGCUAAAAGCUGCCGAUGCUUAUAUGUCUGGUAAACUUAAGAUCAGCGGCAAUUUAAUGAAAGCAAUGAAAUUGGAGAAACUUAUGAAAUUGUUAAAAGCUAAAUAUUAAGUUUUUUAUUUAUGCAAAAAGUAUGUAUACCUCUUUUGAGGAAUUGGUUUAUAUUUCAACUUAAUUGCAUAAUUGUGUAUAUUAGAAAGCGUAUGGUAUUAAAAAUUAAAAACUAGCCAUCGUUUCACCUAAUUUCAAUAUUUUUAUAAUUAUGUAAAUCAUUUGUUUUUGUAUAAAAUAAAUAUACUAAAAGUUAUUUUUGUAUGGUUUAAAUAAAUAAUUUUAAAAUAUAUAGCUCAAAAUAAAAAUAAUUUAUUUUAUAUACAACUUUAACAAGUCAAACUUUAUUUUGAAUUCUAGACUGAGCAAUAUCGGAAAAUAAAUAGUGAUAGUAAAUGUUUAAAUACAAAAAUAUAAUUUUCUUUUAAUGAUUAUGGUAA